GUCACACCAUGGACUUCAUGCAGCAGACUACACAGACAAUCAACGGCAUAAACAAUAGCCAUUGCCGUCUGAAGUUGGUCAACUAUGAGGCUGAGGAAAACAGCAUUUCCCAUGAGACACACGGUCUCAGCGAAAAACACCUGGUGGUGCGACGAGGGAAACCUUUCAAACUGACUAUGUGGUUUCAUAAGCGGUUGUGGGAUCCGCAAACAGAGUACCCGGUCUUCGAGGUUUUUCUGGGAAAUCAGUCAGAGAGGAUCAUAGUCCAGUACUCUGGCGAACAACAUUGCCCCCAAGGCUGGUCAGCCAAAAUCUCCCCAUGUGACAUUCAUUCUAAGUCAGUCACCAUCCACAUCUGCUCCCCUGUUACUUCCCCAGUAGCUCAGUAUUAUCUCUUCUUCCACAUUGAGACAAUACAGGGGAGAAGAUGUACCUUUGAAGUGGGAACAUUUGUGCUGCUCUGCAAUCCUUGGCUGAAAGAGGAUCCAGUGUACAUGCCACUGGAUGCUCAAACAGAAGAAUAUGUCAAGAGCGAUUAUGGCAUUUUGUUCACUGGCACCCAUCUCAACAUUGCUCAAAGGCCCUGGAUGUUUGGUCAGUAUGAGCCUGGAGUCCUGGAGGCGUGUAUGAAGCUGCUGCAGGUCAGCCAGUGGCACUUCAAGAACAAAGAAAAAGACUACAGUCGACGAGCAGACCCCGUCUACCUCAGCCGGGUGAUAUGUGCUAUGGUUAACUGUAACGAUGACCUGGGUAUUUUAGCUGGGAAUUGGUCAGGCAACUACAAAGAUGGUGUCAAUCCUACAGAGUGGAGCAGCAGUGCUGACAUCCUGAAACAAUGGGCCUUGUCCAACUGCAGACCCGUACUCUACGGACAGUGCUGGGUCUUUGCAUCUGUCCUCUGCACAGUGAUGAGAGUGCUGGGUGUUCCCUCCAGGGUGGUGACAGUUUUUAACGCUGCCCAUGACUGUGACAGCAACCUGAAAAUUGUGGAAUAUUUCUCGAGCACUGGGGAAAAGCUCCCGGGGCCAAAGGACAGCAUUUGGAACUUCCAUGUGUGGGUGGAGUGCUGGAUGAGGAGACCAGACCUCGGUUCAGCAUUUGAUGGGUGGCAGGUAGUGGACCCGACCCCCCAGGAGAAAAGUGGAGGGAUAUUCUGCUGUGGCCCUUGCCCAGUAGUUGCCAUCCAGCACCAUGUCUUAAGAGCCCCUUUCGACGCACCGUUUAUCUACGCCGCUGUUGACGCUGACCUCGUACGGGUGGUCGUAUGCAAUGAACAGGUGGUGAAAAGGACGGUAGACACUGAGACAGUGGGACAUCUGAUCUACACCAAGAGCAUUGGAUCAGACCUACCAGAAAACCUGACACCGGCUUACAAGAGCAAGAAAAAACCAAAAGAAGCAGACUCUAGAAGAUACUCAGGAAGGACAAUGUGUCUUUCUUAUCAGUCAAGUGCAGUGGAAUAUGAAGAAGAAGAAAUGCCUCCGGAUUUGGAGGUGUCCCUAAGCCUCAAGGGAGUGCCAACAUUGGGUGAGAGUAUCGUUAUGUGUGUGACGGUCAGGAAUAAUUCGAGAAGCUCCCGGGUCCUGAGGGAGCAUGUCAACGCUCAGCAGAAGGAGUACAACGGCAAUGCACAGCAGAGCUUCUGGAAGUCUCACAAAGAAGAGCGCAUAAAGGGGGGGGGAGUUCUGGAGCUCGAACACUCCAUCCCUCUGUCUGAGUAUGAGUCGGUGCUGGCUGAAGAUGACAUUGUGAACGUGGCAGUUGUGAUAAAGGAUGUCGUAACGGAUGAAAUAUUCCUGGCCACGCAGGAGUUCAACAUCACCUCACCAAAGAUAACUGUGGAGAUCGAAGGAGGGGACCGCAUCCAGAUCAAAAAGGAGUACAAAGCCCAUGUGUCCUUCAUCAACACAUUGAGCAGAAGUGUGAAUGGAGCCGUGCUGACUGUAGAGGGAUCUGGCUUGCUGCAGGGCAAACAGGAAGUCAGAAUGACUUUCCUGAAGCAAGACGAGAAGAUAGAGAACACAGUGACCAUCACAGCCACUGGCCCUGGCACUAAACUGCUGAAGGCAACUUUCUCACACAGCAACAGCCCCAAAGCCAUUUCCAAAACCUUCCACAAAGUCAUCAUCGUGAGUGCAUGAUACUAAUGAGUCCGUCCUCCAGAAAAGCUCCAGGAAAUGAUUUUCUCUGCACUGAGACAUGGACUGAGACUUUGUUAUAUUCUUAAUAUGUUGUGUUAGGGUAUUUUCCAUUCAUUGAUCACUUGGAUUUAUUUGUUUUUAAUCCAUUGUAAUGUUAAGUAUAUAUUCUGUAACCGUGAUCAGGUGCAUCAAAGUCAAUUAACCAUAUUUCAGAUUUACCAUCAAUUAUUUGAUUAUUUAAGAUUUGAUGUACCAUACUUUAAACAAAAAUAUAUAUUAUAGAUGGAUAAACGCAUCUCACAAGCGACAUGUAAUUUCAUUUGAUAUAUGAAUACAGCAUAGUGUUAGUAGGUUGAAUUCUUAUUAUUUUUUUUUCCCUUUUCUUUUGGAGUUGCAUACAUUUCCACGAGUAAACUGUCUCAGAAUUUUCAGGCAGACUAAAUGACUCGGUAGAAACCUCAACUAUAGGACUAGAAAGAAUCGCUUAUUAACUAGCCCUUUUCAAAGAGAUCUGAUGACAGCAUUAUUAGUGUAUAUCUUCACACUGAGGGUUCAUAUACAGUAUAAAGGUUACGCACUGCAUACUUUUCACAUGAUGAUUAUAAAGAAGGGGCCUUACAGUAUGUUACUUAUGAUGAAAUCAUUAUCACAAUGAUCAGCGAUCCUGCCAGGAUCAUUACUCUCUAGUGAGUCAGAUCAGGGGACACUUGGUUGCCUUUGACUUCCUGUCUUGGUGCUCAGUGCGCGUUCAAGCCUUAGAGUUGCCUCACAAGGAAGAGUUUGACAAGAUAAGAGAGAAAAGCUGUAACAAAUAAAUGAUUCACUAGAAGAAGAAAUGUGAAUAUAUGCAUACACACUCCCUAUUUUUCUACUGAUAACGGUAGUCAGAAAUCAGUAGAAGUUGCCUCAUAAUGAAACUAUUGUUUGGGCUUUUUCAAACUGGUAGCGGAGACAUUUUAGCAUAAAUAGCAUAACAAAAUAAUAUAUCUUUUUUAUUAAACAUCAAAAAGCAAAUCAUUCAAACAAUGGAAAAUAAAGCAGUGGUUUCACAACAAAGCGUUAUGAAAAGAAAGUCUAACAGAUCAAUUACUAACUGGAAGACAGGGCUGCGUAAUUCUGAAAAAUAAAUAGGGAUUAUUUUUGAUUGAUGUUGAAAUUGGAUAUUGGAGAGAUUGAUCAUAAUUGAAUGAAUAAAAAAUAUAAAUUAAAUGUUCA